AUAUGAAACUUUUUCAGCUCUGAUACAAAAUGCUACUAAAGAAAAGCAAAACAAGAACUACAUGGAAAGAAGUCAACAAGCAUCCACUUCUAGAUAUAAAGCACCACAAAGGGAGUCAAAGAGCAAUGGGUACAGCUCUAGUACAGAACCUACGCAGUCAUCUGUCAAAGCAGCAGGCUCACAUUUUUGGGUAAAGAACAAACUCAUUACAAAAAAAGACUGUUCAGAUAUAAAAGAAGUGGCUUUUAAUGCUCAGAAUCCAACUACCUCAAGCAGUUCUUAUCAGACAGGGUCUAUAAAGAAAAUAGAAAAUAUCAAUAAAUCUUCAAAGAAAGAAGAACUAGAAAACAAGUUAAGGGAGACUGAGGAAAAUAUCCGUAAAUUGAAAAUGUGCAUUACUCAAAAAAAGGAAAUACAGAAGAAGACAGAAAUGUCACUUUGUACAGAUUCCAAAGCUGCAUCUAAAGCUAGUGAUAAAAUGGUUUUUGACAAAUCAACAAUGCCUAGAAGAUCAGGACACAAAGAAUUAAAAACAAAGUCAAUAACACCAAUAUCAGACCUCAUUACUUCCAAUAUCCAGAGUUGGAGUCAUGAAGAACACACUCAGGGCCCUAGUGAUGGAAGAAAGACCAAUAAGAAGAAUGUAUUGAAACCAGAGUCCUCCAGUGUUCAGUGGAAGCCACUUGGAGUUAAGAGGGACACCUCUAUUACCCCAAUAUCAGAUCUCAUUACAAAGAAUUUACAAAGGGAGCAGGCAAAAAGACUAGGCCUAAAUCUCCCAGUCUUAAGAAAUCAGCAACUUAAAAAGCAUGAAAAGCUCAAAUAUGGUCAGCCCUAUAGAAAUCAACACAAGCAUUCCGCUUUUAAAAAGAGUCCAUUAAAGAUAAAAAUGAAUUCUGUAACUCCCAUCAGUGAUCAGAUAACUAGAAAUCUUGCCAAAAAGAAAAGUCCAAAGUAUCCGAAAUUCUCUAAAGACAAGAAAUGGACCAAAAAUAAAUCAUCACUUGUGUGCAAUACACAGUCUCUCUCAGGUCAACUUAGCUGGCAGCGGUCACAAUCCAGGACUGACAAUAUGUACACUUGGCAAUCUAAAACUAGUAAGUCUCAGAGAGCAGCAAGUGGUAUCAAGUCAAAGUACAGGAUAUCCUACACACCUCAGAGAAACCAGUCCUGGAAAAGCAAGGCCAAGCAUGCUUCAGGGAAUACUAGAACCUGGGAAAGGUUCAGUUAUUCAGGAUUCUAUGGACGUCAUAAAGGAAGCCUGAAACAUGGGGAUUCUACAAGGAAUUUUAAAUACAGCACAUGGAUAAAAGGGGAGUCUUGGAGAUAUAAGCAGAAAGUGAAGAGGCUACACAAUACAACAUUGAAGAAAUCAAGAUAUCAGUUGGAUAAGCGUGGACAGUUGCCAGAAGUGAGAUCAGGACAGGUUACCAGGGCGAUGGCCUCCGUACUUCAAGGUCAAUGUCUGGUGAUGAUUGAUGGAAGAGUUUACAGAACGAGUCAGUCACAGCUAGCAGGAUCACAUGCAUCACCCAGCCGGGCUCGGAGGAGCAGAGUCUCAAUGAUGAAAAAGUCCUUUAGCCUUACUCAUCAAGUAAACAGAAAAUGGAAAUCUCAGCACCUUGCAAAAUCCAUGAACUCUAACAGUGUUACCACAAGGAUUCUUGCCAGAAGAGAUCGAGUUAUCUAUCAGAGUGUUCGAAUGGCUUCAGAAAGUAAAAUAAACCUCGAUAAGUGUGAAGAGGAAGCAGUAAGAAAUCAGGUGUCAGUAAGAAUUCCAAGCAAUCGUCCAUUGUCUAGUUUG